UCGGCUGUUCCCGCCACAGGUGCUGUAGAAGGUCGGUGCGUGAUCAUGUCUGGCAGAGGCAAGGGCGGGAAGGGGCUCGGCAAGGGGGGCGCCAAGCGCCACCGCAAGGUGCUGCGCGACAAUAUCCAAGGCAUCACCAAGCCGGCCAUCCGCCGCCUGGCGCGGCGCGGCGGCGUCAAGCGCAUCUCGGGGCUCAUCUACGAGGAGACGCGCGGCGUGCUUAAGGUCUUCCUGGAGAACGUCAUCCGUGACGCCGUCACCUACACCGAGCACGCCAAGAGGAAGACGGUCACGGCCAUGGACGUGGUCUACGCGCUCAAGCGCCAGGGACGCACCCUCUACGGCUUCGGCGGCUAAAGUUACCUGACGUUAGACUUCGCUUUUAAAACACCCAAAGGCUCUUUUCAGAGCCACCCACGCUGUCAAUAGAAGAGUCUUUAUCACUGUUCAUAAUGCAGUAGCAAUGCUCUCACUUGAA